AUGUUUCUCUUUCUGCCUUUAGCUUUCGCAAGAAUAUCGAUAGAUAUUCAUCCAAAGCCCCAAAAUAAACUGGAAUAUCUUUCAACCAUCAAACAUAGUUCAUUAAAAAGGCUCUCUCUAAUCUCCUCAGAUUCUCCCAUAUCAUCAACCAUCACAAACUUCUUCAAUGCUCAAUACUUUGGAACUAUAAAAAUCGGAAGUCCACCACAAAAUUUUAGCGUUGUUUUUGAUACUGGCAGUUCUUGGAUUUGGGUUACAGAAAAAAACUGUACAGCUUGCCAUUCCGCUAAAAACCAAUUUGACAAGUCAUUAUCGUCGACUUAUAAAACUAAUAAUAUCACACAUAGUCUCUAUUAUCCCUUAUAAGCUAUAUUUUCCAAAAAAUAUAAAUAAUUAACUAAUAAUAAAAUCUAUUAAAUUAAGUAUAUUUAAUUAGAAUAAAUAAAAGCAUUCCUAUUGGACUAGUUAUUAUACUAUUUAUUAUAUGAAAUAGUAUAGCAGUUCUCAAUAGGAAUGCUUCUAUUCAUUUUAUUCACUAUAUAUAUGCAAGGCUAUGCAAGAGGAAAAGUAAGUUUUGAGACCAUUGGCAUUGGUGAUGGAUAUCCCACAUCUGUUAAAAACCAAAGCUUUCUAUUGGUUAGUGCCGAAAAAGACAUGGACGGCUUUGAAGCUGAUGGAAUUUUAGGGCUAGGAUUUGAUAGGGCAGAAGACGGGGCAAAAACGAUUAUGAGUACUCUAAAGGAACAAGGAAAAAUAAAAAACGCAACUUUUGCUAUUUUUCUUAAUGAUAAUAAUUUCAAGGAUUUUGAAGCCAAGCCUUUAUCAAAUAUGAUAAUUGAUGGAUACGAUUUAGCAAAAUACUCAACAGAAAAACAGUUCACUUAUAUAAAUUUAAUUCAGGAUAGAGGACAUUGGGAAAUUCCAUGUGAGUCUGUAGCUAUUGGAAAAUAUAAGCUAACUAAAAAAGCAGCAUCAGCGAUAGUUGAUACAGGGACAUCUUUAAUUAUUGGCCCAGCUUCAGAUGUCUCUAAGCUUGAGUUUUAUUUUUCACUUUAUUAUGACUGCUUUGCAACGCUCAGUUGGUUUAUAUGCAAAUGCAAGCCUACCUCACCUUAUCCAGACCUUAACUUCAGCUUGAAAGGAAAGAAAUAUAAAGUUACACCUAAUGAGUAUUUACUUGAUAUAGAAUAUGAAGGAUAUUGUGCUUUGCUAGUUAUGGGAGCUUAUAUUGACUUUUGGCUGCUUGGAGAUGUAUUUAUAAGAAAUUAUUAUGUGAAUUUUGAUAUGGACCAAAAAAGAAUUGGACUUGCUACAGCUGUAAAAUCAGUUGUGGAGACUCAAGCAUCUUUGCAGUCAAAUGUUUGGGUGAUUUGGAUUUUUAUUGCUGCUGGAAUUGGCUUACUAGCUCAAAAAGCUUAUAAGACUUAUCAGAGAAAAGUCGAAAAUUUAGAGCUGGGAGAUAAAAUUUUAGCUUAA